AUGUCAACAUAUAAAACUAUUAGUGAUUUAAAACUAGAGGAUUUUAUCAAUAAUGAAACUUUUUCAAGUAAAUCAAAAAUAGAAUCACAAGACGCAACCAAUCUUCUUUUCCAUCUUCAUAAUAUUAUUCAUAGUUUUUAUUUAAAAAAUAUUAAUAAUUUAAAUAAUAAAAAGAAUCUUAAUAAUAUAAACUCUAAAGAUAUCUAUAAUCAAUCAGAUUCAAUAACAAUCAAUUAUCAAACUUUACAAUAUAUUGUAAAUAGAUUAUGUAAUAAAAAAGAUAGAGAUGAAACAAAAGGAAUAAAUAAAAUAUUGGGAAAGGGAGAAAUAUCUGUAUUGGAAGUAUAUAAAAAAAUAUCUCUAGAAAAUACAAAGAAACAACUUAAGGUGUUUAUUAAGGAAUACAGGGAGAGUAAAGUUUUCCAAUUAUUACCAGUCGAUCAAAACAGCAAUUAUGAUACUACUCAAGUUGCAAAACAACUCACAACCAAUAUAGUAAAUCACCUCUCAGUUCAACUUUCAAAUCAUAUUAGAGAUAUAAUGAAAUUAUACAAUGCAGCAAUUAAAGAGCUCCUUCCAGAUCCAGAGAUAGAUCGUACAGAGACCCUUCGAUUUCUUAUUAAAUACAACAUUGCAUCAAUCUUACCAAAUAAAGAAAUUAAUAAAUUGUUGGCAGACAAUAAGUUAGAAAAUACAGAUCCAACUGAGAAUAUUAUAAGAAUUAUAAAUAACAAUUUAGAUUAUUCAACUCUCAACCUCAGCAAACUAUACUCAUUUUUUAAUGGAUAUGAUUUUGAAAAGCUUCAACAAAUGGAGAAAGGUGUAUUCACCAACAGCUGGAAAUUUUUUUCAAUUGGAUUGGGCAGUGUUUUUUUUAAAUUUCAAAAAAACAUUGAGGAAAUAGGGCAUCAAGUGGAAUUUGCACAGCUUGUUAAUUCUCUGAACCAACAUAUCGAACAUUCUAAUUUAUUACAAGUUGUAAAAGAUGGUAAACAACUCUUGGAUGUAUUAGGCAAACAAGAAGAGCCAUUGUUGGUAAACACGUCUGCUCCUAGAGAUAUCAAAUUUACCAACUCGGAAAGCCAUUUGGUUAUUUGGGUUCGAUCAAUCUUUAAGAAUAUCUCAAAAUAUGGAGAUCAGAAUUUGGAUAAAAUUCAAAAGAGAUUAUCGUUCUUUAUACCAGCAGCACCAACCUCAUCAACAACCACAACUGCAACUACUCCAACAACAACAACAACAAAAGUGAGUUUUUUCAAUUGUAAUUCCAAGCAUCACGAGGCACUUGGAUUAGCGAAGCCAACACCGGUAGUAGACAGAUAUCGAGAUUCAAAUAUUUGCAGUACAUGUCAGUAUCACACCAAUAGCAGAAGAAAAGAAAAUCGAAAAGACAUUUUAGCAACAGAUAUAAUUAAAUCUUUAGGCGAUUUAAAACAAGAAGAUAAUAGUAAAGUAAAUCAACUUUUAGUUAUAGUAAAGGAUAUAAUAGUAGAAGUUUUUAAAUCAGAGAUAAAUGACAAUUAUAAUAUAGAUACUUUAAUAGAGAUAUUAAAGAUAGAAAAGGAGAAAAGAAUGAGAAGAAGAAAGAGAAGAAGAAGCAAAAGCAAACAAAGUUUAAAAAAUCUACAACCAACAACAACAACAACAACAACAACAACAACAACAACAACAACAACAACAACCAACAGUAAUCAACAACCUUCUCUACGAUCUAUAUUUGAUGAUAAUGAUGAUUUCGAAUUUAAAAGUGAUGAUCCAAUAGCAGCAACAACAACAACAGAUUCAACUAAUGAUAGUAAUAAUAAUAAUAAUAAUAAUAAUAAUUUAGAAGGAUCAGACCAAUCCUAUCACCCAGAAGAAACCACUGCCAAUGGUUUUUUUGAUAUCUUGAAUUAUUUCUCCCGAAUGCCACUUCCAUCAGGUAGCUCCAAAGAUACUAGUGCUAGCCGUGCAGAUCAAUUGCAAGAUCUGCAGAUGACUGAAAAACCAAUCUCUCCGUAUUCUCUCAGUGAAGGACCACCGGAUCCAGAUGUAAUAUUCGUAUCAGACCACCUUGAUUCAAUGGUUCACCAAAAGAGAAGGUUGAAUGAGAAUACCAUAUACUACGAUAUUAAAAGUUGCUCUUGGCUUUUUGUAGAUCCAUCCAACUCAAAGGAUUUGUCUGAUGAGCAGCUCCUAUCAAUCAAGGUGAACCGUAUAAAGCAAAUCCUACAACUUGGUAAAGGUACCUUCUUUCUUUGUGGUAUAGCAUUAUGGAAACUUCUCCGAGUUCUUAUCACGAAUGAAGAGGUCAAUAUCACUAAUAGAGAUCAUUGGUAUACAUCAAUGAAAUUGACUUGUAGCUUUGCCGGUCGCUCCAUCACAUUAUUUCUGUUAUCAGAUCCUUGUCAUUCAUCAACAAUAACAAAACAAGGAUUCCAACAUUAUUCAAACUGGAAAAAGGAUACAGCUAUAAAUAUCAUCGACUCGGAGGUAAAACCAACUACAACCACCACCAUCUCCAAAUCUCCUCAUAUCAACAAAAGCAAUAGAAAUAGGAGAUUGAUAUUUAUCAAUAACAAGGUUGUAGAGAGUGAUGAUAAUAAUAAUAAUAAUAAUAAUAAUAAUAAUAUUUCAACUCAAUAUUGUAGUGGUGAUGAUAAGAUGAUUCAUGAAGAUAAAGAAACAUUAGGUACCGAUCAAUGUAUGGAGGAUGAUGUCUCUAACGAUACUUCAAAUGAAUCUAUUAUUUCAGCUAAUGACCCACCAACACCAACCACUACUACCACUACCACUACUACCACUACCACUACUACCACUUCCACUACUACUAAUAAUAAUAAUAAUAAUAAUAAUAAUAAUAAUAAUAAUAAUAAUAAUAAUAAUAAUAAUAAUAAUAAUAAUGACUAUUACAAAUUCUUUAAUAUUCGUAAUAGAUCAAUGUCAUUCACUCUAUUUCCUAGUGUAGAUUUAUUUAAUCCAUUCAGUUUGAUGUAUUCUGCCAAAGACAUUAGAAGAAUCAUCAAAGCCGAGGAUGGUAUGACUGAUAUCCAAGUUAUAAGAUCUAUUUUAAAAGUAGAUUUCCUCAGGAGAAUAUUUGAAGCCAAUCCGAUCGAUGUACAUAUCAGAACAAACGGUUAUUCAGGUGGUGUUGUGUUUAAAAGCAAAUCAAAAAAAGUUCAAAAACAAUACGAAUUGAUUGGUUUAAAAGACAUAAAAGAUAAAGAUGUACUUACUGAAGAACAAUUUGAACAACUUGGUGUAGUAGUUUGUGAUCCAGCACCAAACCACAAUGUUUGGUUAAAUAACAAACAUCCGUUUGCAAACGGGUCCAGUACAAACGAUAUUACAGAUCUUGCAAUAUAUGAAAAACGUUUGGAAUUUAUAUUCAAAUCGGUUUUUUUACCACCAGAACAAAGAAGUUCAGAUAUCAAACCAUAUGGUAUUCUAAGGGCAGUCGGAGAAGAGAAAAAGAAAGAGCAACGAGUCUGCCUCUCAAACAACACCACCAUUCCAUAUCACUCAAACCAGCAUAAAUCCGUCUUCCAUCAGUAUCGACAAUGUCAUGGUGAUGCGUGGCAAAAGGUUGAUUUGGAUCGAUCGCGAUCAAAGAAGCACAGUGAAUCAUUAAAUUCGAAAAAAUUGUUCAACUUUGCAUUGCAAUCGAUUCCUAUCAAGCAGUUAACUCAUGAUCCAAUGCAGAUCGAUUCCACCGAUCCCAAUGAUCCAAAGCAGAUCGACUCCACCGAUUCCAAUACUCCAAAGCGCGUGCCAAAGUUGGUAUUCAAGGGUAACAAUGUACCCAUCCAAUCCGACAGGGAAUCAUCUCAAGAGAAAAGUGGUGCCAAUAAGAUGAAGCUACGACGCGUUGGAUCUCCCAUCAAAGUGAGAAAAAAAGAAGCAUUGCUAAAGUUCCUCAAGGAUCACAAACUCGAGUUCCUCGAACCAAUCGACGAGUCCAAUGUACGAUUAAAUGAUAUACAGACUGCAAUUCACUAUUAUGGAGUGGAGCUCAUCCAACAAGCAAUGGAUAUAUGGAAAUUCUUUAAGUUUACCGAACCAUUACCAGGUAAUCAAGGUGUGGAAAAAGAAGUACAUUUCAAAGAUGGCAUAAAUAGAGUCGAACAAAUUACAACAACUUUCAGGAACCAAGCGUUUCAAAAGUUUUGGUUCAGACGUAUUCAUUUCGAACGGUGCAAAUGGCUAAAGGAUCAUGGAAUUAAGAUCAUGCCAGAUAGUGUCGGAGGUCACUGGAUUAGACCAAAUCAAUCAAAAGUGGACGCCAAUGAAGACAGUAUUUACCAACUAUUACCAGUCUUUAACGGCUUGACAAUUUUGGUCAUGGUAUCUAACGGUACAGAUGAAGGAAAAAAGGUAGAAAGAACAUUAAUCGGUCGAAUUAAAUUGAAUGGUGGAAAGUACACUAGGGAUGUAAAUGGCACAUUCAACUUUAUGGUUACUGACAAGGAAGAUUGGGACAGCACACCAAACAAAAAGGCGAGAGAGAUCUGUAAGGUGAAGAAUAUUCCAGUAGUUUCCAAUGCCACUUAUAUUACAGAGUGCCUGAGACAACAUGUGUAUCUACCUCUACUAUCGUAUGAUCUGUCGUCAGCUGCCAACACUACCAGUAGUGCUGCGAAGGUUUCACCAAGCAAGAAGAGUGGUUCCAAGACAGCUACCAACACUACCAGUAGUGCUGCGAAGGUGACACCAAGCAAGAAGAGUGGUUCCAAGACAGCUACCAACACUACCAGCGGUUCAACUGUUGCACCAAGCAAGAAGAGUGGUUCCAAGACAGCUACCAACACUACCAGUAGUGAUGCGAAGGUGACACCAACCAACAAGCGUAUCGACUCACCCGCUCCCUCCAUACCGGAUCUUCAAACAAAAAAGAAGUCCAAGAAGACCGACAAUACCGACAAGAAGUCUAUCGAUAGCGAUGAAGACAAAGACAAUCAUCCGAAAUCCCGAAAGAAAUCAAAUCGAAAAGCUGCCAAAGAAUCAGUUGAUAAAACUAGAGUCGUUAUUGGUGCUGGUUGUGGUAAUUUAAAUCAUAUUCAACGAAUGAAAGGUGUGAAAUAUAGUCCUGCCACGGAAAGAAUCACCGAAUCUCUCCAAAGAUACAGUUUCAGUGUUUCGAAAACAAACAUGAAAAUAUCAAUUUCCAACGAGUUCAAUACAUCACAAGUGUUUGGUCCAAACAUCGAUAAACUAGAAAAUGACUUUGUUUCAGCAAUCAACAAACCAGUUUCAAACGAGUGGACGCAGGCAAAGAAAGAUGAAGAGCUCCAUUCGUUAUAUAACCUAGCCAAGGUCAAACCCCCAGGAGAGAGUAAAUCAUAUAAACCAAAAGAUACCAAGAGGGUAUAUAACAAGUCAUUCUCUGUUCGGUUGUACACUGGAAAGGAUGACCAAGGCCAGCCUAAAGAUAUUUUUAUCAAUAGAGAUAUUCUUGCAUGUACAAACAUGAUGGCAAUUGCUAAGGCCUAUUUUUGUGGAAAGCAACGUCCACAACUUUUAGCACCAUUCACCAGUCAACCUAUUAUUAAUACCCCGGAUAGAAUAUUUAGUAGUAGUAGGAGUAUACCUGCUACAACAGCUAAUUUAGGAUGUGGUUUCGAUACUUUAUCGAUUGGUGUCCAACUUUAUAUGUUGACAAAAGUAUCGGUUGAAACUUUUUCUGACAACCAUUUGGAGAACGAUUCCAACAAUGUAGAUCGUUUGGCUUUUAGAUAUAGAAUGAAGAUUCAUAAUGAUAAACCUUAUAAUUUGAAUUUCGAUGUAUCCGAUUGUCCGAGUAAGAAUCUUGUGGUGGAGGUCAUCGAUAACCUCUUGGAGACAGAGUGUGAAGGUGGUGCCGAUUCCAUCAUCAAGAGAGGCGAGCAACGAUUGGUAUUGGAGGUGUGGAAUAACAUUCCUAUUGGUCGUGGCAUGGGAAGUUCUGCCGCUGCCAUUGUCACUGGCUUAUUGAUUGCCAAUGAAAUCGGAAAGUUGAAACUCAGUCACAAACAGAUAUUCGAUCGAUCGGUGGCGUUGGAACCAUCGGCCGACAAUUUAUCGGCAGCAGUCUUUGGAAACUAUAAUAUAGUGAUGUCACUACCUCAACAACAACAACAACAAAAUCAAGCUGCAGCUGUUACAUCAUCUGUUAUGUGUGAUACUAUAAAGAUAUCGAGUGACACCAGACUAAAGGCAACCGUUGUCAUUCCACACUUCCAGGUGUUGACCUCGGAAGCGAGAACGGUGUUGCCUCUAGACUACUCGAGGUCGGAUUUCGUCUUUAAUUUACAACGUGUGGCAAUGGUGAGCAAUCGUCUCGCAGAGGUACUUCAGAAUCGCAGUGGAGCACAGGAUAUCUUGGCUCAGCCAACCUCACAGCUUCUGGCGAUGUUUGACGACAGACUCCACCAGCCAUACCGCCAGAAACUCAUACCGGGUUUCAGUGAUAUCGCAGCGAUGAAACCGAUCGACGGAAUGUUUGGACUGUGCAUAAGUGGCUCGGGAUCAACAAUAAUCUGUCUAUCAUUCGACAAUCAUGAGAAAAUAGCUCAAUCAAUCACAUCAAUAUUUGAAAAUCACAACAUAAAGUGUAAUUCAUAUGUUAUCGACUUUGACACUGAGGGUGCAACAUUAGUAAAGUUUUAG